AGUUGCCAAACACAGGUGUUGUGGAGUGUGUGUCAGCCAGGUACUGCGUAGUUAUACUUUGUUCACUAAGGUGUUUGUUGGCCAUUACUUGCGCGACUGAAACCUCACCACUCAUAUCUCUGGCUAAUCACUACCAGGUGACAGUUGAUGCAUAAAAAUAUAACGUAAGGGCUCCGACCCUUGUCAAGGCCUGAGGUGCAGAGGACGCGCCACUGAGCCUCCUGCCGACCGUGUGAUGGUGUAUACGUAAUAAGACUCGCCCCCUUUUACAUGAGGGGUCGCUACAGGGGAGAGACGCCGCCCUGCGGAAUGGCUUAAUACGUGGCACAGCUGACGGAGAGCAGACAGCAGGAGGCAAGUAACGGAGCAAAUCUCAGCCCAUCACUUGGGAGAACAAGCUGCUAGAGGCACUGACGGAGGGAUAGCUGAAGAGACUGAACGAUGAGGGAUAUUAGGAAGACCGAUGAGAGGAAGUGUGAACGCGAAUGAGUGAAAAAUUAGCAACCCCGUGAAUAGACUCCACCAGAAAACAGAGUGAACAAAGCGGAAUGGUUGAGUGAGUGAAUCCACCGCCUGAAAAGUGAACAGGAAGCAUAGAGUGUACAGGCACAGAGGGGAGGGACGGAACUGUCACCGAGACCCGGAUGAACUGAAAGAAAUCUUUCCAUUACGUGUUCACCAUGGGAGUACCUCUCCGCCCCGCCCUCCUCGCGUGUGUGCUGGCCGCCCUCGUCCCCGCGCCAGGACUGAUGUUGGAUAUUCUGGAAGUGUCGCUGGAAGGCGGAAGCACUGACUACCUGGAGGUGGGAGCGAAUGUGGAUUAUUCCCUGAGCUGUGAGUACCGGACGCCGUAUGACGACCCGGUGAAGGAGGUGCUGUGGACGAGGUUCGGAAAGCCCUUCUACAAGUGGGCCGGCACUGGGAGCCCCACCGUGCUGGACAUCGCCUUCCUGGGCUUGGUGAACAGCUCGCCUGAGAAGGACCCCCAGAACGUGCACUUCAUCGCGCCCCUGCACUAUAACCUGGCCGGGACCUACAUGUGCCAAGUGUUUACCAACAAAGCCACCACCAAUGCCUCCUACACCCUGCGUAUCGUGGAUGCAGGCUCCUGGCCGAUCGUCAUGACAGUGGAAGCGCUCGGCAAAAUAAUGUCAGAAAACGACACUGACACAGCCAGCGGUAGCAGCGAUGGUGGUGACGGAGCGGGGGACAGCGGCGACAUUGACCAGAACAAAUAUGAGGUGAACCAGACUAUCGGGAACGACAUUGAUGUGGGUUUCGAGGACAAGGACUGCACGCUGGUGUGGUCUCUGUCUACCCCUGCUAUCUACCCGCGGCCCAACGUGACGUGCGGCCACUACUCCUUUGAUCACGAGGACGUGGUGCAGCGGCUGCCGGCUGGCCUCACCCUGCACAAAUACCCCAACGGGUCAUGGACUGCCUCCUUCUCCAAUACGCACAUCCAGGUGUCCAGCCUCCCUAAAAGCCACAGGCUUGGCUGCAGCAUCCGCAUCCCAAACACCUCCUACAAGAUGGUGGUGCGGCCCCAGGAUGACUUGUGGGUGGAGAGCCUCAUCGACACCGGCGGCUGCUCUGGGCUCCAGGAUGUUCAGGAGAGGGGCCUCAUCGUGGAGAUGAGGGAUGCCACGUACACCUGCAGGGGCGACGUGUUACCUGCUAGCAGAUCGGGACCUGCAGUAGCCACUAUCAGUUGUCCCGAAAGCUACACUGCAAUAUUCCCCGACAACCCUCGGAAGACUUGGGGAGGAAGCCUUGAGCUGAGUUGCGCCGAGAACGACGUUGGAUGGCGCCGCUACACCCCGGAAGAGACGAUGCGUUUAGGGGACCUGAUGAAUCCAGAUUCCUUACCUAUCUGUGUACGAGGUCACUCAGGAGCAGCGUCUCAUUCAGGAAACCUGUGCAGCAUCACCCUGGCUGUCACUCUAGUGCUGGGGUGGCUAUUUCAUGUCUGACCUGCACCAAUUUGAGGAAUCAUCAUCAUGAAGAAUGUUGAGGCUUCAGAAUCAGGCACUUCAGGUAGCCAGUAAUGUGUGGUUUACAAGUAGUGACACUGACUGUGAGGCAUAAGACCUAGAUCUAAUUUGUGUAGAAUUAGUGGAGUGUGAUGUUGAUCUAGUGUUGCACUGUAUGUUAUAACAAAUUGAUUAUAUUGUAUUUGGGGUGCAUUUAUCAGUAUUGGAUUAUGUUGAUUUCCUAACUUUCUUAAUCUUAAGUGUUGAAUCUUUUUAUUUAUUUUUACUAACUGUGCACAUUAUUUUUUAUCCUGAAGCCAAAUAGAUCAAGUUGUGUACUGCUGAGCUCAGGCUUUCAUAAUUGAAUGAUUGGCGUUUAAUUCAAUUAAGUAUUUUGAGAUUACCCUGGGUAACAUUUAGUGUGUUAUUAAGCAUAAUUUUAAGUAGUAACUAUAUUCAUGUGAAUAAUUCUGAAGGAGAAUACAACUGUUUUGUUCAUUGUUACUCAUAAUUGUGCAUCACCUUUUGAAAUAUUACUUAUAUUAACAACAGGAUUCUUUAGUUUGUGUUUAUAAUGUAUAAUAUAACAAAAGUCCUUAUUCAGUUAUGAAAAGUCAUACCAACGUGGUGUAUGCUGUGUGUGUGUGUGUGUGUGUGUGUGUGUGUGUGUGUGUGUGUGUGUGUAAUUCAUCUCAGUCUUGAGGACUACAUGCUGAUGAUCAGCAGUUAUACCAUCCCAAUCAGAACUCAGGUUGCCUAUAUAUGGACCAACCUGCUGACAAGACUGAGAAGCUUCUCUUUCUGAUGAGAGCUUAAUGCUUGUAUAACUUUAUGGGUAAGGCUGAGACCUCUCACUCAGUGCACACUACAUCCUCUUGUUCCAUAAGAGCAAUGACUAUUUGCUCAUAGUGAGAACUUGAGCAAGGUGCAAAUCUCAGCCUGCCAGGUAACAGGUAGCAGUGGUAAUACUGAGCUGGUGAGCAGUGUAUGUAUGUGUCAAAUAUUUUUAUUUAAUGUAGACAGUUUGAAACAAAGUAUGUAGAGAUUUAUUUUAUUUAUUUAUUAUUUUUAUUAAUACUUCUCUUACAAAAAUAUAUCGGUGUGUGCUGUGAAAUAUUCUUUACUUUUACUAGCAUCUUCAGUUUCAUAUAAUUAAUUAUAUAUAAGGUGCUGAUGUGUGACUGGGACAAGUGUCAAGGGGACAUCAAGGAGCAGACAGUGUUUAGAACAAUCACAUACUGAUAACUUAUGAACCAGUAACAAUAUUUACUUUAAGAUGUUUUCUUUCAUGAGCUGCUCAUGAUACCACAUCUAGGCCCACUAUGGGUGCACUGCCAAGGGUUCUUCCAUUGACCACAAGCAAGAGGUUUGGGCAUCUCUGUUGUGCCUAAAGAUUUAUGUCAAAUAGCAAUAUUAUGGGGACAUGUUAUAUAACCAGGAGCCCACAAGACUUCCUCACCAAUCAGUUUUUCACUUGUCUACUCGUACUCAGCUGCCUUUAUUACUUUAUACAAAAUCCUAUCAACCACUUAGAGAAAUAAAAAAAAAAAAGAAAGUGUAAAAAAAGUAAGAUGAUAGUAUAGAUUUAUCAACAUUUGUUAAUUAAGAAUGAACAUACCACCUCAGCAUUAUUGUUACUUGAUAAUCCCAAAUCUCUUCAACACAGGCUCAUCUAUUCUGCAGGAUAGAGGUGGCUCACAGAUGAUACAUUAGCCUCUGUCUCAUGAAACUCAUGCCCUUAUAUUUUUGCCCUAAAUCAUGCCAAAUUUAUUCUCCAACUUGCAAAAAAAAAAAAUGUUUUUAUCAAUAAGAAAUUUCAAAUUCUAGCCAACUUAUCUUGUAACUUCUUGCAUGUAAUCAGAAAUAUCUAACAGUUUUCAUGUUUCUUCUGCUGAAUGGCUCUACUGCCAUUCUCAUUCUCUCUCUCUCUCUCUCUCUCUCUCUCUCUCUCUCUCUCUCUCUCUCUCUCUCUCUCUCUCUCUCUCUCUCUCUCUCUCUCUCUCUCUCUCUCUCUCUCUCUCUCUCUCUCUCUCUCUCUCUCUCUCUCUCUCUCUCUCUCUCUCUCUCUCUCUCUCUCUCUCUCUCUCUCUCUCUCUCUAUAUAUAUAUAUAUAUAUAUAUAUAUAUAUAUAUAUAUAUCUAUCUGUCUUUCUUUAUAUCUGUCUUUCUUUGUUUCUUAUUCCUUUCCUCUUUUCUUCCUCCUCCAUUCCUUUUUAUCUCUCUCUCUCUCUCUCUCUCUCUCUCUCUCUCUCUCUCUCUCUCUCUCUCUCUCUCUCUCUCUCUCUCUCUCUCUCUCUCUCUCUCUCUCUCUCUCUCUCUCUCUCUCUCUCUCUCUCUCUCUCUCUCUCUCUCGUCUCUCUCUCUCUCUCUCUCUCUCUCUCUCUCUCUCUCUCUCUCUCUCUCUGCACUAAGCCAGUCUCCUAUACACAUAAAAGAAAUGGAAUUAUUAUUGAGAUUCAUUUCUAAAGAUUACUUAGUAGCUGAGAAAGUGAUACUUAUUCCUCUGCUUGACAUACUUCUGAUAAGUUUGUGGCUUAGACUGCAGUGACUUCGCACAUCUCUGUUUCUCACAGUAGCAUUAUGUUUGGAAAGGCAUUUCAAAACCACCAUGAUUUAUAUGAUCAUAAGUUUUAUUUUUUAUUUAUUUAUUUAUUUUUUCUCAUGUUUGGUUUAAGAGGGCACAAGCUUAAUUUCUGUGAAUAGAAUGAUGUUUUUAGAAUACAGUAAUUCUGAAGUGAUGCACUUGUCACAUUUUCACACUCAGUACCUCAUAUGUAAUAGUAACCAUACAUAUAUUUAUAUUAGAUUUAAAGUUAAGGUUUCAGACAUCUAUUUAUGUUUCCUGUAGAUAUUUAAUUUUUCACUUGUAUUGUUAUGAUGCAGAAAUAUUGAAGAGCAUUUUAUGCAUACAUUUUUUUCCUCUAAAAUUAUACUCGACUAAGAAUUCAGGAAAUUGCUGGUGCUCUCCUUAGAUGCAUCCUUGACUUGGGAUCCUCUCAGUUUAAUGUGUUAUAUUUUGAGAAUUUCCUCCUGAUCAAGUAUAACUGAGGAAAGCCAAGAUCUCACAACUAUGAUUUUGAUAGAAGCUAAAUGCUUUGUGCCACAGCCAACAUUCACGUGUGGUGGAGUGUUGGUGGGUUGCAGUAAGUAGUUUCUAAGUUCAUUAUUGUUCUUUAAGAAAAGUCAUGUGGCACUUUGUUUGAAUCACAAUUAGGAGUUUUUUUUUAAUAAGUAUGAAUCACAGAUACAGUACUUAGUGGAAUAUAUAGUCUUUUUGUUCAGUCAGUGAAAACAGGCUAAGCUGUCACAGCAUCUGUUCUGUAUGUAUAAAUAAACUGAUGAUGUAGUGUAUCCAUAUCCAGCUUUCAGUCACUAUUUCUUUGUAAUAUGAUUAGCCUUUCACUCUCAAGUUGGCCUAAGCUGCUGUGCUGAAAGGGAAAAGAAGCAGGAGUUGAGGCUUUUGGAUCAACUUAGCCUGCAGCAAGUAUAGUAACAUUACUUAAAACUACAGCAAUGUGAUUUGGUGCUCUAGAAUGACAAAGACCAGCCUUUUAAAUAAUGUCUGACUUUGGGAGAUUUGUCUCAAGUUUACUUAGUUGCCAGUAUGACAAGUGUGAAUUGGAAGUAAAUUGAAUUGUUUCUUUUUGUAUUCUAAAGUUGCCAAAUGAAGCUGAACUUUGAAAUUUACUUAGUCAAGUAAACCAAAGUUAUUGGUAAUUACAGCCCAACACUACAAUAGCUGGGCAAAUUUGACAUUGUAUGAUUUUUGUCAGACUAUUUUGGACUGAAUGCUUAGAAUUUUCACAUCAUUUAUGAAGGGAAUAACAUGCAUACAUUUAUGAUAUAGUAGUUCAUGACAAAAAGGAAAGUGAUUGGAACACACCAUGCCCUAAAUGUACUACAUGCCCAAGUAUCACUUUUUCUUACUUCAUGGUGCGCAGUUAGUCAGAGUGCCAUUACACUUAGGUACUCGUCCACAUGUGCAAGGUGAUGUCCAAGAUGGUACCAGAAGAGAAAAUAAGUAGACCUGCAUAAUAAAAUAUCCUGUUUAUUUUUUCUUUGUUGGGAUGGAAAUCUACAAAAAAAGGGAUUUGUAACACCUUAAUCUUGUGCAUUUAAGUUGCCAUUUACAACAUAUGUAGUGGGAAUCCAUGUGUAUUCCAAGUCCAUUUUUGUCACUCAUAAGACUAAUUUUACUGAUAUACAUAGCAUAUUAAUGCAGUACAAGGAUUUGUAGCAUACAUUGUAAAGUAAAUAUUUGUGGAAAUAUAUGCAGUUAUACCUGAA